ACGACACUUUACUUCCUUGUUUUUGCACAUGUCACAGAGUCAUUGGCUGAAACAAGCUAUGACGUAAGCCGUGCGUGGUCCUACCAAAGACUAUCGUUCCUACUUUCUUGAUUUAUCGAAGCAGAGCAGACUCCUAACGAUGGAGAUAAGCCAGGGGCUUUUUGUCAAAGUGGUGGUGUUUUUUCUGUCGUGGUCACACUAUGAAGGAAAAGAGUCGGAGUUUAAAGAUGUCACCUGCGGGUCUCUAGUGAAGCUCCUAAACACCAGACACAACGUCCGCCUGCAUUCCCACGAUGUGAAAUACGGCUCAGGGAGCGGCCAACAGUCUGUAACUGGAGUGGAAAGCGCAGAUGACGGCAACAGCUAUUGGCAGAUACGAGGAAAGCCCGAUCACCCAUGCCAGCGCGGGACGGCGAUUAAAUGUGGUCAAGCUAUACGCUUCACACACAUGAAGACUGGUCGUAAUCUUCAUACGCAUCACUUCACCUCACCCUUGUCUAAUAAUCAGGAGGUCAGUGCAUUUGGGGAAAAUGGCGAGGGCGAUGACUUGGACGUUUGGACAGUGCAGUGCGACGGCAUCCUUUGGGAACGCAAUGAUGCUGUGCGCUUCAAACAUAUCGGCACCGAUGUUUUCCUGAGUGUGACGGGAGAGCAGUACGGCCACCCCAUCCGCGGCCAACGGGAAGUACAUGGUAUGACCUCACCCAACCAGCAUAACUGGUGGAGAGUCAUGGAAGGCGUCUUCAUCCAGCCGAGCCAGGACCCACUGCGUCACGAUGAACUCUGAAUAGUCCGUGUGAUGGGGGAAUCCUGCUUUGACGACGUCACUGUGUGUCUAUUAAAGUGGAACCUCGGUCGUCCUUAAUGUGUUCCAAAAGGGCCAAUAAAAACCGAAGCUAUUUUUUUCCAUGGUUAAUCAUGGAAAUGUAAUUACUUCAUUCCAGAUAUCCAAAAAUAUGAACCAAAAAAAACAUUUUACAGUGAAUAAUUCUACUUUUACAUCCAGGAAACAAUGCAAAUGCGGACUGAAAUGAGGGAACAUUUACAGGGGUGUAAAUCGAAGAACCACACGGACACUUUUUCAUUCUUGUCCGUUACAAAGUUGAAACAGUGGACGGUUAGCGCUCUCUUGAACUUUAUUGUACAAUCAUUUUUACACACACACUUUCUGCUAUGUUGCUUUUUUUUUGUUUCUUUUUUUCGAUUCACAAAAAAAUUAUUUGCUAGCCGGAAUCUGUUGAUAGUGUCCCAUCUGUUGAUAGUGUCCCACCUCUAAGCUUUCUUCAGAAUCACCAAUAUGGGGAUGCGUUGUUUAACCCUACAACAACCGAGAUAGUAUUUCAAAACCAAGGACAUUUUUUUUUUUCGUCUGUAGUUUACGAAAGUGUGAUGUGGAAGAACAUGACAAACCUGCUCGCACCCCCAACCAUCAUACACCAGCGGCACCAAUGAAGAGUCUGCUCAUCCGCUUCCUUAUUUCUUUUUCACAUUUUCUAUGUCAUGAACUUGGAAUAUAUUGAGGUUGUGAAUGUUCCUCACUUCUUUAUUUAUUAGUGAAAGAAAACGUCAAUUUUUCAUGUACUUCAUUUUCAACCGCUCACCUCUUGUUGACACUCCAGAAGCCGCUUUAGAUAUUGUUGUUAUAUUGUGUGUAGUGGUUGAGUUACCAAUCAUUAUAAAAGUUUUUUUUUUGAGGGGAGAAGGGGAUAUUUGUA